AUGGAAAACAUUACAUGUAAAAAGUGGCAAAGAAGUGAAAAUUGGCUGGAGGAAGAUAAGCAUUUAUUGAUGGAUUUGGUAAGGGAGCGUGUAUCAGUAAUUGAAAAUAAAAAUACUGAUACAAAUACAAACUCAAAAAAAGCUAGCAACAUGGGCAGAUUUAUUAUGCAGUACACAAAGAGUACAGUAAAGGAUGUCACAGUAGAAAUACUUGAGGAGAUCCAAACUACACAAGAGGUUGUAUCUAUUGGCUCAGCACCAAAACCACUAUAUACACCAUCUAAGAAACCUGAAAGAAAGAAUAAAACUGAGAAAAAGACCUUAGAUCAUGCAGAACCUGUAUAUCCAAUACUGAAAUCGAUUGCAGGAAAAGGUCCAUCAAGCCCAAAUGACAAAUGA